UGCAAGAAAGGAAAGCACAUCAACAAGGCAGCAGCUUGCUUGCAAGCGUAAAAACCGCAGGGGUAUUAUAUUUGGUUCAUUUUGCAGGUGCUCACCGAGAGAAGUUGUGUGCAGUGGUUUCAAGAAGAGCUUGUGAAGAUGAGCGAGUCACUAGAGAGCACGACAGAGGGCCCCUUGUCGGAUGACACGGGCGCCGAGAGCAGCAGUGAGUACCGCUGGGAGGAUGGAGGCCUGCCCUUGGAGUUGCAGAGAGGGAUGGAGAACCUACGAGUCAACCUGGAGCUGACUGAUGUGACUGUGUGUGUUCAAGGACAUGAAUUCCCUUGCCACAGGGCCGUCCUCGCCGCUGCCAGUCAAUACUUCAGGGCCAUGUUCUGCAGUGGACUGAAGGAGAGUCAUGAGGGGAGGGUGGAAAUAAAAGGACUGGACAGCGGGACAAUGCAGACUCUCUUGCAAUAUACUUACACCAGCCAGGCGCUCCUCACGCAGGCAAAUGUGCAGAAAGUCCUGGAGGCAGCCAGUCAGUUCCAGUUUCUGCGUGUUGUGGAUGCAUGUGUUGCCUACCUGAGCAAAUCCCUGCAACCGGAAACAUGCAUCGGGAUCCUCAACCUUGCGGAACCCCAUGCCCUGCCUGCCCUGAAGACCAGGGCUCAGGACUACAUUGUCUCCCACUUCUCCCAAGUGGUCCAGCAGCAGGACUUCCUCGAAGUGGCAGCGGAGUCGUUAGAGACCAUCCUGCAGAGGGACGAUCUGGACGUGAGGUACGAGGAGUGUGUUUUUGAGGCGCUCAUGCGCUGGGCGAGGGCCCGGCAGGACGAACGGCGCCAUGUACUGGCCCGGUUGCUGUCGUACGUGCGGCUGCCAUUGUUGGAACCAGCCUACUUUGUGGAGAAAGUGGAGUCCGAUGAACUGAUCCGCAGCUGCAGUGAGAGCUUUCCUCUGCUGCAAGAGACACGUUCCUUUCACCUCUCUGGAAGAGAGGUGGUGUCAGAACGAACCAAGCCACGUGCUCGCCACUUCCUAUCAGAGGUGUUCCUCGUCAUCGGCGGCUGCACCAAAGACGACCGCUUCAUUCCCACCGUCACUUGUUUGGACCCGCUGAGGCGCAGCAGACUGGAGGUUGCCAGGCUACCUGGCACCGACAUGGAGGACGAGGCCCACAACCAGAAAUGGGUGGAGUUUGCUUGCAUCACCUUUCGCAAUGAGCUUUAUAUAUCUGGAGGUAAAGAGACCCAGCGGGAUGUUUGGAAAUAUAAUGGAGCUCUGGACAAGUGGAUCAGAAUCGAGCCUCUGACAAUCGGGCGCUGGAGACAUAAGAUGGCGGUCCAGAGGGGGAAGGUGUACGCACUGGGCGGGUUUGAUGGCGUCCACAGGCUCGAUUCCGUAGAGGCCUAUGACCCUUUUCACAACCGCUGGACGCAGGUAGCGCCCCUUGCGGUGGGCGUGAGCUCCUUUGCUGCCGCAAGCUAUGACAAAUGGAUCUACGUGAUCGGUGGCGGGCCGAACGGAAAGCUAGCCACCGAUUUGGUUCAACGCUGGGAACCUGGAACGGACUUCUGGGAGAUGCAGGCGCCCAUUCCCGUGGAAACAAAGUGCACCAAUGCCGUCUGCUUCAAGAACCGCAUCUACGUCGUUGGCAAGUUGGCUUGGACGAUGCAAGCUUGCAUCUGUUUUGUCUUUAGUGGGUGUUUAUUUGUCAUCCAUGGUGUCCCCACAGGUGGUGCCAUGCACACCAUGUACUGCUACUCCCCUCUGGCAGACUCCUGGACCAUUGUGAGCCGUUUGGGAGAGAGGGCGAGCUGUGCCAUCGCCGCCUGCAGCAACAAACUCUUCAUCACAGGAGGCCGGGAUAACAAAAACCACGUCAUCGCCACGGUGAUGUGCUGGGAUGUUGACAAAGACGUCCUCACGGAGGAAUGCGCUUUACCCAUGGGUGUGUCACACCAUGGUAGCGCGACACUCCUCAAGUCCUACACUCACAUGCAAAAGAUAGUUCCUGCCUCAGAGUCCCAGUGAGAAAGAAUAA